ACUCACUGGAACAGAAAGAGAGACGCGAACAGUUUUAUAAAAAUAUAUUUAUAUGUGUUUCCACAGCAGAUCUUCCUGUCAGGAUGGACUCUGAGUACCUGAAAACGAAUUUGGGUAAAUGCUUGGUGGAGGCUCUGGCAGAAGUCGUGGAGCAGAGACCUAUGGAUCCCAUCGAGUUUCUCGCUCAUUACCUUUACAAACACAAAGAAAACACGGAGUACGCCGAAAAGAAAGCUGCAUAUGAAAAGCAGGUGCAGGAGGAGGUGCAGCGAGCCAAAGAGGAGGCCGAGCAUCAGAAACAGCUGAAGGAGGAGGAGGAGAAAAUACAAGCUGCACAGGAGCAACAAGCUAAAUCUGAAGCAGUAGAACCUGCAGAGAACCUUCAAGAACCUCCUGUGCAGCCUGAGGCAGAUGUGCCACCCGAAGCUGAUACAACGCCAGAGGCACAAGAUGAAGAGGAUGUAAAGACAGAUAUAGAGAGUGCGCCCUCUAGAGAUGCAAAUAAGGACACAACAGAGGAACCAGAGAACGAGCCGACUGAGCAGGAUACAGAAGACGUGAAACCUCCAGAGGUGGACAGUACAGCUGCAGACAGCACAGUCGACACACCAAAAGAUCCUGAAGAAUCAGUGACAGUCGACACACCAAAAGAUCCUGAAGAAUCAGUGACAGACGACACACCAAAAGAUCCUGAAGAAUCCGGGAGCGAGGCGCAACCGAGUGAAAGUCAAGCAGAAGAGGAGCAGGCAGGCGAUGAUGGAUCUCUGCCUCCUGCCCAAACAGCAGAGGAAGAAACGGCCAGUUCAGAACCUCCUCUCACGCUGCAGGACGACACCGAGGCCACAGACACCGACGUGGCUGAAGACCAAACAGAAGCUCCGGUGGAGAGCGAUGCUGCCAAACCAGAAGAACUCGAAACCCUCACCGACCCAAGCACGCCCAAGGACACGGAGGAGGAUAAAGAAGAGUGACGAUGAGCCAUAUCCUGUUUAAAUAUGCCUUAUACUGUGUAUAUGCUUCAUAAUUCAUUGUAUAGUAUAUUUUAAUGUCUGUUUAAAUGGUAAGUAUAGGAACAAAAUAAAG